UACUAAUUUUCAAUCGGUCUAUCUUGUAUGAGACUUAUUUUCGGUGAGAAGACCUCAAAAUAAGAAGCCCAUAAACUAAAAAUUUUGUAUCCAAAUAUAAAACAUAUCUGAUAGUAAGAUUUGUAAAAAUGUGUGAUUUACAAUUGGAUUUCGGGUCGUGAACCAGCACAGCCAAGGUCGAAAUCCAAAAGCCAGACGAUUAUGAAGCAACUAGUCUAGAGUAAUUGGCAAAUGAAAUGAAUAAAGCAGGAAGAACAAUCUUCAAUACUAGAAUUCUGAACCCCUCAAAAUUUCACUCCAAACUUUACUCACCCUCGAUUUUUGAUUCUUCUUCUCUUCCAAUCUUCAACAAUAGAGUGAUCAGGAACCAUCAAAAACAAUCUAAGCAAAACAAUAUUAGGUUUUCUAUAACUAUGGCCUUAUCUUUCAAGCCUGAACAAGCUAGGGUUCCUCCUGCUCUUCAAAUGCCCAUACCUCCAAUCACUAAGUACAAAAUUGGGCUUUGCCAGCUUUCUGUAACUGCUGAUAAAAUGAGGAAUAUUGAUCAUGCUAAAAAGGCUAUUGAAGAUGCUGCUCAAAAGGGUGCCAAGCUUGUUGUCUUGCCUGAGAUUUGGAAUAGUCCAUAUUCAAAUGAUAGUUUCCCAGUCUAUGCUGAAGAUAUUGAUGCUGGAGGAGAUGUGUCUCCCUCGACAGCAAUGCUAUCUGAAGUUUCUCGUGCAUUGAAGAUAACAAUAAUUGGGGGCUCCAUCCCUGAACGACUUGGGGAUCGUCUUUAUAAUACAUGCUGUGUCUUUGAUACUAAUGGGAAGCUAAUAGCUAAACAUAGGAAGAUACACCUAUUUGAUAUUGAUAUUCCUGGGAAGAUUACUUUCAAAGAAUCACAAACACUUACAGCAGGAGAAGCACCGACAGUUGUAGAUACAGAGGUUGGGCGUCUUGGAAUUGGCAUUUGUUAUGACAUACGCUUUCAGGAACUGGCUAUGUUGUAUGCUGCAAGAGGAGCUCAUUUAUUGUGUUACCCCGGAGCAUUUAACAUGACAACAGGACCACUGCAUUGGGAAUUGCUUCAGAGGGCCAGGGCUGUAGAUAAUCAGUUAUAUGUAGCUACUUGCUCACCUGCACGGGAUGCUGGCGCUGGUUAUGUUGCUUGGGGUCACUCCACACUCAUUGGUCCGUUUGGAGAAGUCUUGGCGACAACAGAACAUGACGAGGAUACCAUUAUAGCUGAGAUUGAUUACUCAUCAAUUGAACUUCGAAGGACUAAUCUCCCGUUGGAGAAGCAACGUCGAGGGGAUCUAUACCAAUUGGUGGAUGUUCAAAGAUCAUAGUCACUGAUAACGCGUUGAUUGGAGAUGGCCAAUGAGUUGCACUACUAAUUCAACGAGCGAUAAAUGAAUCAUUGGAACUCCUUAUGAAGGCGAACACUGCAUUAGAAACCGUAAUGACUUUUGUUCUAUUGUAUUUCUCCGUUUGAGUUGGGUAUCAAAACACGUGAAUAAAGGAGCAAGAAUGUGUGUAUUAUUAGAACUUGAAAUCGAUAGCUCGAAACUUACAUAUAUCGCUCAAUAAGAAAGUUCAAUUUCUGCUAUCGUAAUCCUUUAAAUUUCGACUGACAA